CCGCAGCAAACAAGAUGUCGGCGGCGUGGUGAGAGGGCGCAGCUUCGCCCUUCUCGCUUCUCCUUGCAGCGCAUGGCGGGGGGCGAGGAGAGCAGGGGCGAGCGUGGCCUCAGUGAGCCCCUUCCCUCUGCUUAUGGCCUCGCCGAGCCUCUCUCCCAGGGGUUCCCAGGGGAGCAGCAGCAGGACGGUGCCAGCUUGGCGCAGCCACAGCUCAGCCCGGCUCAGCGAGAGGAGGAAGAAGAGAAGAAGGGAGAAGAAGAGGAGUCACAGCACGCAGAGGGUCAGUUUGAUGGAGUAUUGGAUGAAGACACUGUGGCUGAGGGACUCCACAAGCUGGGGCGCUCAGCCCCUGGUACCGAAUACGUUUAUCUUAAUCUGUCACUUACAGGUCGUGAGUUAAGUGACAUUAACAUUCUCUCCAGAUAUGUUCACCUACAGAAGCUGGAACUUUCAUAUAAUAAAAUUAAUGAUCUUUCUUGUAUCGGUCACAUACCUCACUUACUAGAACUGAAUGCUUCCCACAAUGAAUUGACUACAUCUUUUAUGUUUAAACCACCUAAAAAUCUCAGGGAAGUGGAUUUUUCAUACAAUCAAAUAGCUAAAAUGCAAGAUUUGUCAGCAUACCAGUCUCUUACUAAGCUUUUGCUGGACUUUAAUAAUAUCGAGGAGAUAAGAGGACUGGAGAAGUGUCGCAGUCUGAAUCAUCUUAGUUUGUCCCACAACAGACUCAUUGCCAUCAGUGGCCUGGAGAAUUUGCCUAUCAAAGUACUCGAUCUGAGCUCGAACCAGAUUGAGAAGAUAACUGGGUUGGACAGCUUGAAAACUCUACAGAAGCUGGACCUAUCCAGCAACAAAAUAACUAGCCUAGAAGGCUUGGAGGAACAUGAUCUGCUAGAGACUAUCAACCUAGAGGGUAACCAGAUUGCUGAGUUGCAUGAAUUUGAAUGGAUUGAAGGUCUCCCUCUCCUCAGAGUUUUAAAUCUUUUAAAAAAUCCUUUACAGGAGCAAACAGAUUAUUGGCUGUUGGCAAUUUUCAAGAUGCUCCAACUAACUGAACUGGAUCUCAAGAAGAUUUCCGUGGAAGAAAAGGUUGCUGCUGUGAAUAAAUACGAUCCUCCUCCAGAAGUUGUUGCUGCUAAAGACCAUAUGAUCCACGUUAAGAACAGCAUGCGGCAGCCCCAGAGGAUCUUUGACAGCACUUUACCCAGUCUCGAUGCUCCGUACCCCAUGCUGGUAUUAACUGGUCCUCUGGCCUGCGGCAAGAGAGAGCUCACUCAUAAGAUCUGCAGGCAGUUCAAGAAUUUCUUCAGAUAUGGUCCCUGUCACACUACGAGGGCAGCUUACUUUGGUGAAGAAAACAGACUUGAUUACUAUUUCGUUUCUCAAGAAGCAUUUGACGAAAUGGUGAACACAGGGAAGUUUAUGGCCACCUAUAAAUACAGCGGCUAUUACUACGGACUUGGAAGAGACACUGUAGAAUCAAUUGCCAGAGAGGGUCUUGCAACCUGCGUUCACUUAGAAAUAGAGGGUGUGCAUAGCUUGAAAAAUACCUACUUUAAACCCAGAUAUAUCCUGUUAGUACCAAUGAACAAAGAAAAAUAUGAGGGACACCUACGGAGGAAAGGAUUAUUCAGCAGGCCAGAGAUUGAAGAGGCAGUCUCCAGAGUGGACAUGUACAUCAAAAUAAGUCAGGAUUUUCCAGGUUACUUCGAUGCAGUAGUCAACACGGAUGAAUUGGAUGAAGCAUUCACAGAGCUGAGUCUCCUCGUAAAGGCAUACCUGGGUUUGAAGCUGCCUGCCGUUGUUGAUAGCAUCCAGGACGUGAAUAGCAGAGCAGGAGCAGGUUCAAGAAUUCCGCUCUUACAAGAGCAAAGGUUGUCACCUGGUGGAGGGGUUACUGGAACCACUCGAUCUUCAUCUGUCAAUGAGUUCUUGGACUCUUCUGCGAAGAACUAUCCCGGAGGCAUCUUGGACAGUCUUGCAGUGCAACCGGGCUCUGUGGAAGAAGCUUCUUUCCAAAGGCGUUAUUCUGCAAUACGUCGGGCUUUGUUGGAGAAGGCACCUAGUGCAUACGUCCAGCUGUUUCAAAGGGACUUGGCAGUCACUCCUGCACUGAGCAGUUCCCGUCAACAAUUACUGGAACCGACAACAUGUUCUCUGCUCUCAGAUGGAAAGAAUAUCACCCAAGACUUCCAUCUGCGUAACCCAGAGAGCCGAAAGAGUAAACCAAGAAAAAACAUUAGGGGCUGCAGAGACCCUAGUCCUGCUGGUGGACUAUUUCUAAUGCCAGCUGGUGCACCUGCUGCAGAAGGUCAACUGGUUCGGACCCCUGUUCUCCAAGAAACCAAAGCUGAGCAUCAAGAUCCAAGAGGAGCUGAAAAUGGAGCAGGCAGAAUGAAAGAGACUGAACUCCCUGCUGACAAUCUUCAGAGAAAGCACAGCAAGUCCAAAACUGGUUCUUCUCACGUGCCUCAGCUUGUCAGCUGGCCAGGCUCCAACUCCAAAACUACUUUACCUCCAAUCCCAUCUGGGCGGAAGAGGAACAACCCUUGAUAGCCACUACUAGCCAUGUCUUUGUCAUGAAUCUUGGUUCGAUACCAAAUCUCUCUAACAAGAAUACAGAUUUUGAUGUAUUUGUCUUCAACAAAGCAAAUUCCAUCAAAUAUUAUUUCUACGCCCAUUUCUGAUUAACUUUCCUCCAAAAAAGUUAUUUAUUUAUAACUUUAUUAAAAAGUAAUUUCUGCAUUUCCUAAAGGUGGAAAUUAUUUCCCCAGGGACUCACAGCUGGGAAAUAGUGUAGAUUUUUUCCUAACAGCCACAUGUCCAUAGCUUUCAUUAAUUUCUCUCUUUCCUCCUAUAUUAUGAAUUUAAUUGAAGUGUGGAAGCAUCAGAGCCUCUGAUAAUAUCAUCUAUAUUGGAGUAUUAGUGAAUUAUUUUGAAGAAGGACUUUGUGAAAUGUUCGGAGUUGAGCUGGGAGUGAAAACGAGUUGAAGCUGUUGGUUUGUUUAAUGGAAUGUGGUUUUUUUGAAGGGAUGAGACGUAAUUCUUUGAUUUACAAAGUGUAUUUAAACAACCUGGUAAAGAGUCAUCAGAAAAUAAUAUUAGAAUUAUUAGCUGAACUUGUAAGUGAAAAUUUGUUUUUCUGUGUGUUGAGCAAACUCUGACAGGUAAAUAAAACUCUUGAGUUAAUGUUUACCCUGCUAAAUUUUCUGCUUAUAGAACAGACAGUGGGGCCCCUUUGCCCAAGCAGCUUCCCCUAAGGAAGGGCGUUCGCUAUUCAUAUUGCAGCACGGGUCUUCGGAGGUCUUUGCACGUGCGGAAGAUCUCACUCAUUGCCACAGCACAGAGUCCUGCCCAUGGAAGAGCUCUGGUUUACCUCAUUGUGCACAUUCCGAAUGCAGCCAAGGGUUUUCGUUGUUUAAAUAGGAUGAAAUGAACGAAGAAACACAGCUCAUGGUGUUUUGCCGGUGUCAUGGUUAAUGAAUACGUACCUCGUGGUUCAUAUAGCAGGGUCUGGAGUGAUCACAAACCCUUGCUUACGUUGGGAAGGUAACACAGGCAGAGCAGUAAAAUCUCUUUUCUCCUGGACGCAAGUGCAGGAACCUGUGUACCUGGACCACUCCAGGUAUAUACAUACAUCUGGAAAAUAAGGGCACUGGAUGUUGGAUGACAUCUGGAAAAUAAGAGUGGAGAUCAUGCACAUGCAUUUCUAAAAAUACCUUCUUGAAGGACCACGUCAUGUCCCAGCAGCGGCUGGCUGCCCGCUCCUGCUGCCUGCUCCCUCGGGAGCUUGUCUAGUUGAAUAUGAUACAUAAUAUGCUGCUAAUUUGGCAGCUGUCAAAAUGAAUUAUAAUUAUUUUUAACAGUACCGCAGUGAGGGUGAAGAGAGUUACUGCUUGGUGUGAUUGCACCAACUGCCCGUGUUUCUCGUUGCAUCCCUGACUCAAGGGAGUGAGUGAAGGGAAUCACAGAAUGUCCUGAGUUGGAAGGGAACCACAAGGAUCAUCCAGUCCAACUCCUGUCCCUGCACAGGACAACUCCAACAUUUACACCAUGUGGCUGAGAGUGUUGGCCAAGUGCUUCUGGAAUAUUGUCAGGCUUGGGGCCAUGACUGCUUCCCUGGGGAGCUGUUCCAGUGCUCCACCACCCUCUGGGUGAAGAACUUUUUCCUAAUACCCAACCUAACCCUCCCCUGGAGCAUCUUCCUGCCAUUCCCCUGGGUCCUAUCAUUGGUCACCAGAGAGGAGAGAUCAGCACCUUCUCCUCCUCCUCCCCUUGUAAGGAAGCUGUAGAACACGAGGAAGUCUCCCCUCAGACUCUUCUCAAGGCUGAACAGACCAAGUGACUUCAGCCGCUCUUCGUACGACUCCCCUUCUAAACCCUUCACCAAUUUUGUGGCCUCCUCUGAACCAUCUCUAACAGCCUUAAAUCCUUCUUAUACUGUGGUGCCCAAAACUGUACACAGCACUUGAGGUAGGGCCACACCAGUGACUCAAGGAGACCCACCAGAUCUUUCCCCACAAUUCUACAGUGUUGCUUCAACAACUCUGGCCCUGAAAACUUCUUUGGGUCUCCCAACCAUUCACCGGUUGUUAAUUCCAUCACCAGCUGUGUCAUGCACCCUCUCCCUAUGGUCUGCAGGGCUGGAGAUCAAGUAAGUGCCUUUGGAUGCAGUCAGUCCUUGGGGUGCUCAGCACUGCAAACCCUGUGUAAGCUCUGCACUAAAUCUUUCUUCUUGGACGUACCCUUUCGAUAACCCUCACAAAAAAUUUCAAGCUUCUGAGAUGGUUUUUUUCCCCCUUAUGUAAGGUGGAGGGAGAAGAACCCUUGUAGCUGAGGCUGAAAUUCAUUCCCUGCAGGGAGGAGGAGGCGGCUCCUGCAUUUUUAUCAUUUGUGCUUUUCCCAGCUCAUACCUCAGAGCAAGUCGAAGCAUGAAGUUGUAAAUCAAUGUCCAUCACAGAGGCAUGAAGGCUCCACAGUGAAAAAUCCCCUGUGCUGAGGCUCCUUCUAGAGAAGAGAUCUUCUCUGGACACCCACAGUUCCAUUUCCUCAUCCUUUCCUGGCUGAUAACAGCAUAGAGACUCACUGGAGGAGAUGGGGUGGCGUCAUAAAUCCUCCAGCAUUAAAGGAAUGGUUUUCCAUAUGUUGGACACUACAUGGGGUUCAAAAUGAAUCAUAGAAUACCAAGUUGGAAGGGACCUCAAGGAUCAUCUGGUCCAAACUUCCAUGCCAAAAGCAUCAUCUACACAAGAUAAGGAAGAAUUUCUUCACCAUGAGGGUGGUGAGGCACUGGCACAGGUUACCCAGGGAAUUUGUGGCUGCCCCAUCCCUGGAGGUGUUCAGGGCCAGGUCGGAUGGGGCCUUGGGCAGCCUGAUCCAGUGGGAGGUGUCCCUGCCCAUGGAAGGGAGGUUGGAAAUGCAUGAUGUUUGAUGUCUCUUCCAGCCCAAACUAUUCUAUGAUUGGAAUAUGACCCAGCUCCCUGUCCAGCCAAAUCUUUGAAGUGUCCAAUGUUGGAGAAUCCACCUCUUCCCUGGGGAGACUUUUGAUGUGCUCAUUGUGAAAAAUUUUCCCAGGACAAGGGGUAAAUUUACUGUACCCAUGCCCUGUGCUGAGGUUCUUUGAGCAAUGCAGGGUUGGUGCAUGCAUCUUCCAGCUGCUCAGGGGGAGACAGAGAGCGAAGGGUAGAAGCUGUCUGGUUGUAGUUGUAUGUAAGUGGGAAAACAAUUAUGAAUGCUAAACAUUUCCAGCAAACUUACACCCCUAACAUAAGAAGGAGAUGGAACUGUUGAAAUGGGUCCAGAGGAGGCCACAAAGAUGAUCCGAGGGCUGGAGCACCUCUACUAUGAGGACAGGCUGAGAGAGUUGGGUUUGUUCAGCCUGGAGAAGAGAAGGCUCUGCGGAGACCUUAUCAUGACUUUCAAGUAUCUGAAGGGGCUCCAGGAAAGCUAGGGAGGGAUUUUUUACAAUUGCCUGGAGUGAUAGAAGGAGGGGGAAUAGCUUUAAAUUGGAAGGAGGAAGAUUUAGAUUAGACAUUAGGAAGAAAUUCUUCCCGAUGAGGGUGGUUGCCCCAUCCCUGGAGGUGUUCAAGGCCAGGUUGGAUGAGGCUUUGAGCAGCCUGAUGCCGUGGGAGGUGUCCCUGCCCAUGGCAGGGGGUUGGAACUGGAUGAUCUUUAAUGUCCCUUCCAACCCAAACCAUCCUAUGAUUCUAUGAAACAUGGUAAGCUUUCAGAGAAGGAAGGGCACCAACAGAGAUCUGUGAGCAUAGGCCAUGCUGGAGGCAAAAAAAUGGUUCUGUGUCCUCUGAGCUCUUCCCCUCCUACUUUUCCCGUCAAUAAAUCUCCCCUUCUUGCCCUCUUCGGCUCCAGUUGCUGAUUUAUGAAAGCCAUAAUGAAAGACGCUAAACAGAAAUGAACUGUGUGGCUCCAAGUGAUUUACGGAGACAUCUUUAUCCCUCUCAUUGAAUUUAGUAGUGGGAGAAGGUUUUUUUUCCACCUUGGAUGUGACAAGGAUUUCAUCGUGGUUCCCAGAGGAGUUCAAGGCUUUCCCUUUCACUUCAAUAAGAAAAUCCCAUCCCCUGUUUCUGCAGGACCACAGUGGAGAGUCAGCUGCGAAGCACCAAGCAAAGAUUGAAAGUGUUAAUAAACACCAGCCUGGAUUUAAUGAAAGGUGAAAGACUUUGAACAGAAAUCUCUGAGCCAAUGAAAGCGGCCACUGGCCGAUGAGGAUUUAUUAAAGAAACAGCUGCCAGGAGCUGGAGAAAAAUGAUUUGUUCAAUUAGAAACAGAUGCAUUUGGUUACUGCUGUUGACUUAAACUUGUCCACUAAAGCUCUGCAAUGGGGCAGCUUUAAAUGUGUGUUAAAUCGGAAGUGAUGGCCAGGAUUUCAAUGCCCCAUCACUGUUUUUGCAGUGCUGGAGACAUCACCAGGGUUGAGAAAGACCAUAGAAAUCACUUUAUUUCUCGUGAUUGACGUUUUUCAGCCAGGUCCCAUGCAAGCAUCUGGACCACUUAGCUGAGUUCAUGGUUAAAGCACUGAUACCAUGAGGCUUCGUUUGUUGUUUCAACACCUCAUGGGAUAAUGUGGCAUGGAUUCCCAGAAAUUGAGAGCCCAAACCAACUGCUGGGUCUUGCUUGGGGACCUCAAAUCCUGAUAGUUUCCUCAAUACCACCUACUUUGGGCUCCAACUGCUGCCCUGAGCGGGUCCCCAAGCCCUGAUUGUGCUGCUGGGGACCUCAGCUGCCCAACUCACCCCCUGGGUACAAGCAGAGACCACGUGCAGCACCCAGAAUCAUAGAAUGGCUUAGGUU